GGAGUUUCUGAUAAAAUAUAUAUAUGAAAGAUUGAUAUAUAUUAAUGAUCUUUAUGUAUGGAAUGAGAGAGUAAUAAGAUAGAGAGUAAAGAGAUCUAAAUAUAAAAAUAAUAAAUAAAAUGGGAGGAAAUUGUUCUAAUUGCAAUUAAUGUUAGAAAGACAGAUAGGAGAUAAUAAAUGAAGUAGAGGUGACAAAAAAGUCUGAUAGUUAAAGAAGAGGGUUAUCAUCAGUGUCAUAGCAGUCAUAAAAUAGUAGUUAAUUGGAUGUGGUAAUGAAUAGCGGAAUGAAUAGAAUGAUUUGAAAUAGAUGAAGUUUGUUCCAACAGAAUAGAAGAAUGCAAAGUUUUCAGUGUUUGUGGAAGAUCAAGAGAAGGAUAAGAAGGGAAAUAAGAAUUUGAAUUAAAAGGCAGUUGUGAUAUAAAAAAUGUGGAAGGGUCAUAAGGCUAGGUAGAGUUAUUAAGAGGUGAAGAAAUCUUUAUCUGAGAAGAAUUAAAAAGAGGAGGAGAAGAAUUAAGAAUAGUAGUGUGAUUAAGUAACAAUAGCAAGUAAAGACAAAAGAAAGAAUGUUUAAUAUUUCAAUAGUGAAGAAUUUGGAGGUAAUAGAGAUGUAGUAAUAGAAUAAUAGUAAAUAGUUAAAACAAUUAAAAAACAAGAGAAAGACGUCCUAUAUUUGUAUUUAAGAGUGGAGCAACAUAUGAAGGUGAAUGGAUAGGUAAUAAAAGAGAUGGGAGAGGAGUAUAGAUAUGGCCAGAUAGUGCUAAAUACGAUGGUGAAUGGGUUGAUAAUAAAGCUUGUGGGAAAGGGUAAUUUUAUCAUGUGGAUGGUGAUUCAUAUAUAGGAGAAUGGGCAGAUGAUAGAGCUAAUGGAUAUGGAAUAUAUAAGUAAAGUAAUGGAGCAGUGUAUGAAGGUUAUUGGAAGAAUGAUUUAUAACAUGGUAAGGGUGAAGAGAGAUGUAAAUAAUAAAAUUAAUAAUUUAGGGAUUGAUAAAUCUAGUUAUAAGGGAGAUUAUAUAGAAGGAAGGAAGUAGGGAAAAGGUAAAUAUAUUUGGCCAGAUGGUAGUUAUUAUGAAGGAGAUUGGAUUGAUAAUAGAAUAAAUGGUUAUGUAUAGAUAUUAGAUUAUAAUAAGGGAGAGUAUUAUUGGUCAGAUGGGAGAGUUUAUAAAGGAUAGUGGAAAGAUAACAAAAUGCAUGGAGUUGGAUAUUAUUAGUGGGCAGAUGGAAGAUCAUAUGAAGGAUAAUAUGUAGAUGAUAAAAAGUAAGGAUGUGGAAAAUAUACUUGGCCAGAUGGAAGAUAUUAUGAUGGUGAUUGGUAAGAUGGGAAAUAACAUGGAAAAGGUAAAUAUGUAUUACCUGAUGGAAAGAUGAAGAAUGGAAUAUGGGAUUAGGGUAGGAGAGUAAAUUGGUUAGAAGAAUGAUUGGAU